GAGUUUCUGGCCGCUUCAGAAUAGUAGGUGAACUAGUUAGAAUACCAAUUAGUUGAAUUAAGUCUGAUCAGAUCUCACUUGAGAAGGCUGAAAAUGGAGUAUGACAUUGGAUGGUUCUUCACAGUUUUGAUGAUUGGUAUUGUUGUUCUUUAUAGUUUCUUGAAGAAGGCAAAUGAAUGGUUUUGUGUGAAGAAAUUGGACAAAAGUCAAUGCAUUUUACCUCCAGGUGAUCUAGGCUGGCCUUUUAUUGGGAAUAUGUUGUCCUUUAUCAAAAGUUACAAAUAUGGUGACCCUGAAUCCUUCAUCUCUUCCAUUACCACCAGGUAUGGCAAUGGAGGGAUGUACAAAGCGUUUAUGUAUGGGAAGCCAAGCAUCAUUGUUACAACACCAGAAACAUGUAGACAAGUAUUGAUGGACGAAGAACAUUUUGUGUUGAGUUUCCCGAAAUCAUUGACAGAUCUAACAGCAAAGAGAACAUUUCACGGAGUCACAAGGCAACAGCAUAAGCUUCUGCGACAGAUAACGACUGGUUCAAUCAUUGGUCAUGAGGCGUUAUCCAUGUAUGUUGACUACAUAAAGGAGAUUGCUGUUGCUGAAUUUGAUAAGUGGGCUAGCAGGGAGGAGCCUAUUGAGUUGCUAACUGAAAUGAGGAAAUAUGCAUCUCAAGUGAUCAUGACAGUCAUUAUGGGUAUAAAAAUUGAUCAGAAAUGGUUUGAUAUGGUUGAAACAGAGUUCUCUGUUUUUGUUGAUGGAAUUUUUGCCCUGCCAGUUGAUCUACCUGGAUUCUCUUACCACAGGGCACUCAAGGCGCGGGAGAACUUAACCAAGAUAUUUCAAGCAGCAAUAGAUGAAAGGAGGGUCAAACCUAGCGAUAAAUCUAGAAUAAAGAGGAGUAUUUUGGAUUUAUUGCUGGAGAGCAAAGAUGAGGAGGGAAGGAAAUUCAGUGAUGAGAAGAUUGUCAACAUACUAAUUCUAUAUUCAUUUGGCGGCCAGAUAUCCACUGCCCCUACUGCUACGUGGACGCUUCUCUACCUGCAAGAACAUCCAGAAUACUUGCAGAAAGCUAAGGAGGAACAAGAGGAUAUUGUAAAGAGAAGACCGUCAUCUCAAACAACGCUAACCCUCAACGACAUCAGACAAAUGAAAUAUUUGUCCAAGGUAAUCGAUGAAACACUACGCCUUGUUAAUGCCUCAUCACCACUUUUUAGAGAAGCUACAAGUGCUGUUAAAAUGAAUGGCUACACUAUACCUCAAGGGUGGAAGGUUUUGGUUUGGACAAGGAAUGUACAUAUGGAUCCUAACAAUUAUCCGAACCCUAAGGAAUUCAAUCCUUCAAGAUGGGACGUAUCUUCAUUUUGUAGGAUCAUGAAACCAAGCCUGGGCAGUAUCUUCCUUUUGGAGCCGGACGCAGGUUUUGUCCUGGUGCAGACUUGGCCAGGCUUGAAAUUUCAGUUCUCCUCCAUUAUUUUCUUCUCAACUACAGGCUUGAGCAGCUUAACACAGAGAGCAAGGUGCAAUAUUUUCCAACAAUUAAGCAUACUGACAAUUGCCUUGCAAGAAUUAGGAAUCUGUCUGCAGAAAAUGUGUGAAGACUAUUGAUACUUGGCACUUCAAAGUCACUAUGGAUCGAUCAUGUACAUAACAGAAUAAAUGAUUUAACCACUCUGAUGGUCCCUGUAUUCAAUAUAGUAAAACAAAAAUACUUUUAAGAUAAAAGGAAUGUCAUUGAAUUUCAUAUCUUGUGCUUCCACAUUAAAUUAGACACUAAGUCUAAUUGUCUUUAUCACAAUCAA